UGUCAAUCAUAAAUAAAUAAAACAAUAUAAAUUAAAUAACAUAAAAUAAAAAUUGAAUAUAUAAAAAUUUAAAGUGUUUAUUAUGAGUUUUGAUAUGAAAUGAGGCAACGACCAUUAUCUGUGCGCAAGUAGACAUUAGUGCAGCUGUCCGGACGUACUUACGACCAAUGCUUUUAUAAGGCUUUCCGGAGGUUGCUUGCAAGCGAUUCUAUCUGCUCUAUUGUAAUUGAACAACCACCAAAGCGGGCUUUUCUACUGAUAUGGGGACGGCUGCAGGUACGUUUAUGGAGUCGUAGGUCCAGCCGGCCUGCUCGGAAUGAGUGCCGACAUGCACUGAUAACGCAAUUAGGAAGCCGAACUGCAGAUAUAUUAUCAGACCAUUGAAAUGUGUCCCUGGUUUUAUUUCGAAAUCAUGUUAGAUCUUGAGUCUAUCAUUGACAAGCCAAUCAAGCACCUGCUUGGACUAAUUUUUCCAAGCGAUACGACGAGAGCCAGAUCAACAAAUGACGAAUGUGCUAAUACUUUAAUCGGUAGCUAACAUUCUAUCCUAUUUGAUUAUUUCCAUUGUUGAAAGGUCUCGAAAAGCUAAGUGUGGAUACGCUGCUGCAGGACGAGAAGAGAUUAGAACUAUGCAACCCUACCAGAUCAAACGGGAACCAAGGAUCAGUGCAAGUGUUGCGGCAGGCAUAGACACGCCUCUCAAUAUUAUGUACAUGUGGGCAAUGCAGAAACGUUACAGCGGUGAUAUUUUGCCUAAAGAAGGUGUUUUCACCACUUACGAGCGUGGAUGGCUGCGGGACUUCAACCGAAAUACAUCGCACCAUCAGAUUUGUGAGCCAAGUAUAUUCAACUGACUAUAAUCGAGGUCGAAGCUAUUUCGUGAUUACGCAAUAGAGGUCUGAUACCACCCACUGUUCGGACUCGAUAUUACUUAUCGUCCAACAUCACAUGUUCAACAGAUGCUCAGUUCCUGAUAUUUCGACGGCAUUUAUCUGGCCUACGUCACUCUUCUAAAUUAAGAGUUGGUAAGUAUAUCCAUGUAGCCAGCCCCGAGUUACAUAGAUCAAUUUGUCAUAUUUCUGUUCCGUAAAAUUUCAUUACUUCUGUUAUCAAAUGCGCUCUACUGUCGUGAAACAACAGUCGGACAGCAAUGAUACCU